AUGACAUUCGAUGUGAAGAUUAAACAUUGGCACGCUGUGGCGAGCUGGACGUGGGAUGCAGGGGACGAUGUGUGUGGAAUAUGCCGCAUGCCCUUCGACGGGUGCCCCCCGGAAGCCCGCUUUCCAGGGGACGACUCGCCGGUUGUCUGGGGCACCUGUGCACAUGCCUUCCACCUUCAGUGCAUAAAUCGGUGGCUGUCCUCUCAGUCUGAGCAGCGAUGCCCAAUCUGUCGAAGGCACUGGGAGUUCAAGCAAGCAGCGGUUUCAGAUGGG